UCCAUCUGGACGCAUCGGACAGACAUCCUACCUCCCGGUCGGCCCAGCCGGGGCCACUACGCAGGCGCGCUCGUGCCCGAGAGUGCGCAGGCGCGGCCCCGCCCCUCCGGCGCGCCUGACCCUUCGACCGCGCUGUCCCCGCGCCAUGGCCGCUGUCAGGGCCCUGGCGGAUCCUGGUGCACCUGAGCCGUGGAGGAGCUGAGGUCCAGAUCUUCGCCCCUGACAUCCCUCAGAUGCACGUGGUUGACCACACCCAGGGGCAGCCUUCCGAGAACCAGAGCAGGAAUGUUUUGACUGAGUCCGCAAGGAUCGCCCGAGGGAAGAUCAGCAGCCUGGCCCAGCUCAACGCAGCCAACCAUGAUGCAGCCAUCUUCCCUGGAGGCUUCGGAGCGGCCAAAAACCUGAGCACGUUCGCUGUGGAUGGGAAGGACUGCAGAGUCAAUGAGGACGUGGAGCGAGUCCUAAAGGAGUUCCACGCGGCCGGGAAGCCCAUCGGCUUGUGCUGCAUCGCGCCUGUCCUUGCAGCCAAGGUGCUCAGAGGUGUUGAGGUCACCGUGGGCCACGAGCAGGAAGAGGGUGGCAAGUGGCCUUACGCCGGGACUGCGGAGGCCAUCAAGGCCCUGGGUGCCACGCACUGCGUGAAGGAUGUGACCGAAGCUCAUGUGGACCGGAAGAACAAGGUGGUCACUACCCCGGCCUUCAUGUGUGAGACCAAGCUGCACCAUAUCCACGACGGGAUCGGGGCCAUGGUGAAGAGUGUGCUGGAGCUCGCCAGGAAGUGACGGCCUCGCCCAGCCACUACCACGAGUGGCGCCCUGUGCAUGCCGCUGGGCGCUCAGCAGCUGUGGUCAGCUCAGAUCUUGGGCAUCUUCCUGGAGGAGGGAGCCCGACAUACAGGGGUAGUGGCGGCCACAGACAGUGGUUCCUGCCUGGCCACAGGAGCAGUGCUGACUUUCCUCACCAGUGUGUCCUGGAAACUGAGAUUGGAGCCAGAUGGGGAACUAAGUGCAGAAAUAACCAUCUUCACUCUCAGGUUUGAUGGUCAGAGUUUAGGUGAAGAAAUGUUUUAAGGUUACAAGUCUGAUAAUUGGGAAAUGAGGAGUACCAUGUUCAUAGAUAAAGGAAGGUUCUGUAAUCUGAAGUAAAUAUGUGCUCAUUAAAACAAGGGAAUUUCUGGAGCCGGCAGUCCCGUUACCCCUGGAGAAUAAACUCCUUUCCAGAUUGGAAA